CAACGAUUUACCCGGCAAUUUUUUACGGUCAUUUUUUAUUAUAAUGAUACAAGAAACGUAUCAUUGGGCAGCCAAUUUUUACAUUGCCCAUUGGGUAAGUUUUUUAUCGAUAAACUCGUCUAACGCAUGCACGCGAACAUCUAAAGUUGGAUUACCUUAUUAUUAUACAUAAAUCGUUUAUUACUACAAAAGGUACCAUCUUUGCAGUCAAGAAUUUAAUUGCGCUGAAAAACUCUUGCAAUGCAUGAAUUGCGUAAAAUUUAUGUUAUAUUUACAAGAUUAAUUAAGAAAAAAUUAAAAAUAUAAAAUUACGAAUCUAAGUUAAAAAUAUCAGUGAAAUGUACUUAUAUGACCGAUCUACCUUACACCUCGGAAUUUCAAAAGUUCUAGGAUUCCUCAUGUUCCGAGAUACACUAACUCUAGGAGGUAAUAGAUAGGCUAAUUUAUGAUUAUCAUUCUUAACAAUAUUACUAAAUAAAUCACUCGAUUUGUCCCGUCGUUCACCAAGUUUGGAAAGUUUAGUCUCUGCAAGCGCAUCAGUACCGUAUAUAACUGAGGUCUGGAAAGAUCACAUGCAUUGCUCGUCUCUGAAUCCUUUCGAUUUCAUUCGACAAAUAUGAUGGCAAGUUACUAUGAAAGACCUGACCCUGAAAAACAAUUCCUGCACCCUGCACAUGAACAACAAGUGAAUUAUAACCUGAAGUAUAUGCGGAUGAUAUUGACAUGUUAUCGGACAUACAUAAUGACCUGCAAGAUAAAUUGGACACGUUGAAUGUACAGGCCGUGGCAGCUGGACUUGAGAUCGACUCACUGAAGACAAAAACAAUGGUGAUGGGGUAACAGGGCAUUGUAAAACGACUAGUCCUAAAAGAUGUCAACUAGAAAAUGCCAUUGAGUAUGAGUAUCUUGGUAGGAGAUUAGCCGAAGGAUUGGAAAGGCAUAACGUGUACUGGCUGGUCUAAAUAAGCUAUGCGAUGCUGGGGACGUGGGCCUAGGAACUAAACUGCAACUGCUGCGUGUCUGUGUUUUCAGUGUGCUGCUGUAUGUCUCCGAGUCAUGGACGUUGAACUGCAGACUGCGCGCAUUUGAGAUGAAGUCCUGCAGAAAGCUACUAGAUAUGAAGUGGUUCCACUUUAUGACGAACGAUGAGAUCAGGAAGCGUGUGCAAAUGACAGAUGAUAUUGUGACCACAAUCAAAAGGAGGAAGGCACGGCUGUUUGGACACAUAUGCAGAAUGAAUGACGAUCGAUUACUAAAGGUUAUGAUGCUAGGUUUGGUCGAUGGGACCAAUCAUACCGAGAGGAUCAUGGAUAGACGACAUCAAAGAAUGGAAGGGCAUGUCCCUGCGCCACUUGAUGGACAUUGUACAUGAUCGCGAACAGUGGAAGAUGGUUGUGAACAGCUGUCAAUGAGGCACCAACGGGCUCGUCAGAGCCCAUGGACUAUUAGUAGUAUAGUAGCAGAUAGAAAUAUUUGAAAAUAUAUUCUGGAAAGCUGAAAAAACUGCCUAUCACCGCGUAUCUUACACGUCUCUCAUCUAGCAACCAUGCAAACAAGGGACAGCAAGCUGCACUUUAAUAUUAUUCUGACACUGCAAUAGAUCAACGAAAAAUUGGUUGGCUCGGAUUUGAACUCGCACUUCAGGUAUCUAUAGACCGCCGCUCUACCCAUUCAGCUAUAUCGAGUCAACGGGGAUUGGUAGCGAGUCUUGUCCAAUUUUAAGUGCACGAAAUAUGUUCGUGACGACUUAACGCUUGUCUUAGAGGACGCUCAGUGUUUCAGUUCUAUUUCAGAACCAUCCUGCACUUUUUAUUGUUAUUUAGCUAAGUGUGAUUGACAUAUUUGUGAUCACGCGUUGGAGGGUUUUGUAGAUGGAAAUUAUCGAGUGGAAAUUCUACACACACGCGUGUAUUAGAGCUAACCAGUAACAUGUACAGUACAUAAAUAACAUGUACAGUAUAUAACAGAAGAAAAAUACACCACAAGACAAAAACACACAACGAGACUUCCGCCCCUAUUCUAAAAGCUCACUCACACUCAAUGAGUGGAAGUUCAAUCUGAGCUUCUUUUGAGUGUUUUUGAAUAGCUGGAGGGCUAGUGUCAUACCUUACUAUGUGACUACUCACCCUCUAGCUAUUCAAAAACAGCAUUAACACUCAAGAAAAGCUCAGAUUGAACUUCCACUCAUUGAGUGUGAGUGAGCUUUUAGAAUACGGUCGUUCGUCUCUGGAAACAUUGAGACGUUAAGGAAAACAAAACUGGCUAUUUCCCUCGGAAGCAGACAUUAAGUGUAUAUUGUCUGUUUUCAUCUUAUUCACCUGACGGUUGGCAUGCAGGUGGCAAACAGGUGAUGGUUUAAAAACAUGACACCGAACUAUGACAGCCUGUAUAUAAUAAUAUACAGAUAUAUACAUGUACUGUUUGUGACAUACCAAAUAGUAUAUUGGAAAAGAAAGGAAUAUAUCAAUGUCCAAAUACAAUACAUUUAUUUAUGUCCACAGAAUAUAGAUAUAUUCAUAUGUUUCAUUUUUUUUAAGUAUUUUGAUAUUCUGAGACGUGCAUCAUCGGUUGCUUUGGGAUCAACUUGUCAUGUCACUUACCAAAAUAAGGCAAAACUCAAACGUCUGAAUAAAUAUCCCAAUAAGGCAAUAUUAAUAAUAAUUGAAAACAAUAUAUCGUUAAAUAAUACUGUUAUGAUUUGGUCUUUUGUUGUAUAAAAUGACGACGACAUGUUGGUUCUGUGUCAUUCUGGGAUGAAUGUUCUUCUGUUGUUUAUCGGAUCAAAUUCACAAUUGCAUGGGAAUUCUCACCGACAUACUUGUGCAGCACGAAGACGUAGAUGACAUAUUCGAUGCCUACCGGUCUAGUUUAUGUUGGUUUCGUUUAGACAAGGUUUAGUUUGGCUGUUUAGAUCAUGUCGUUCUGCCCUGCUUUGUCGAAGAAGAAUGUGUAUGCUGUUGGCUUUUGUAGGUAAGCCAUGACAACUUUAUAACUGAUAACAGUGUCAUUUGCUGAGCGAUGUGAUCUUAUGCCCGUCGUUGUAAUAAAUUUUAUCCGAAUGGAAUUAGAUUCGGUGUAAGUUAAGCUGAUUUUUAUCAUAUAAUGAGCCAUAUGAUAUCCAUGCGAAAAACGGGGAAAGGUUUGACCAUGCAACGAGAGAGUUUGAACUUUUCAAGUUUCACGCCGUCUAAAUCACAUCGUUCAGUAGGUGACACUGCCUUCACGCCCGUUUGCACUUGCAAUUUUUGCUGCGAUUUCUAGUGCGAUUUUCGUCUUCUGACGUAUGUGAACGAUUAGAUAUAAAGUUAUGAAUGUUCUGAGUAUAUGUACCCCCAUCUGAACAUUCAUAACUCGUUCACAUCGGGGCCUUUAGGGUUCUGUACCAAUGACGAUUUGCAAGAAUAGUACAUCCUUGCACUGUUCACCGAAUAAUUGUUUUAGUAUAUAUAAAUUACGCAGUUAGAAUAUAUGUUUUAGUAUAACAAAACAGACAAAAAAAAACGAAAUAUUUUUACACUUUUCAGCAAUUUAUGGCUAUUAUGCCCGGAGGCAGUGCUCGUUAAAACAACCUAGUAUGCUCGUGAAACAGCCUAUUAUACUCGAAUUAUGCUCGAGGAAAAUUCAUUUUCAUAUUCCGCCAUCUUUAAUUGUUUUAUUGGUGCCCGGGACCCUGACGGCCUAACCCGGACCAUUGAACUCUGGGCUGGCUGGCCCGAUCGAACUCCCUCUCUUUAGACUAUUUCUUCCUUUGUUUCGUUCUCUAGACUGUAGCCCGAACGCCAAACAUUACUUUAUUAUUUUUAAAAAUUAAUGUUCGAAUCGGCCUAUUAUGCCCGGACAAUGCCCGAAAGUGUCUAUCAUGCUCCUGAACUCCUAUUGCGCUCGAAAUUAUGCCAUCAUAAUAUACCCAAGCUUAGUAGUGGAGUAGAGAUUAGAGGUGCCGUUUUCCGAAGUGUGGUGUGCCCAGCCCAUCAUAUUAAGGUUACUGCGCACUCAAUAUCAGUCCGAUUUUCAUCAAAUUUUCACCAAAUGUUCUCCAGUGCAUGCAAAAUAUGGUAAAGUUGUAAAAUUAACAAACAAUAAAAUAAUGUAAGAAUUAUUCAGGAAAAUCUUAAAUCGCGGUACCGUUACGCUUUUGAGUUGUGCUCCUGCUGGUUUUAAGUUAUAUUUAUGAAAAUGUCAUUUUUAUACAGUAAAAUAGUUCUAAAAAAUUGUGUUCGGAAAUUUUUGUUUAUUUCGUCAUUCCGCUGAUAUGGCGAUUUCUUUGACGACUGCAAUAUCUUUCUGAAUUGUUUGAGUAUAUUGCUCUUUAUUUUUAAAAUAUCCAAAAUUAAAAAAAGGCCGAACAGAAUUUUGAAACUGACGUAUGUAGCUAUGUCCUGUGAAAAUUUGAGAAAAAUUGGUUAAAACGCGCAGGAGCACAACUCGUUUGAAAAUCAGUAAUCACCGUAAAAUUUUUCGGGAGAAAAUUGAAUUUGAAUAUUACAUUUUCAAUGUUUUUCUUAUUGCAGCGAAAUGUAUUUUAUUAAAUAACUCUGCGAGUUUUCAACAUUUUUCGUUCAAACUUGGUCAUAUAGUAGAACUAGUCUAAUGCUUUCAUUGAAACCAAUAAAAAAAAUAGGCAAAAUUAACACUCAAAGGUGUUCUGUAACCUUAAAAGAGUACAGAAUGCCUUGCCCAAAACGCGUGUCGUGUAAACCGACCUUAUUACUAAACACGCAAUGCAUUUCUGAAUCUAUAGGGAUUUGCUGUGCAAUAUUUUCUUUUACUGGACCAGCGACAAUAAAAAAUGAGCAUUCAAGGAUCAGAAAGAGAUCAGUAAGACCACGUCCAAAGAAACGUGUCCACAUCAGCGCAGAUGAAGUACUACAUUUCCCUCAAGACCAUCACGCUAAGGGAGUGCUCUCGUUGCCUUACGGAAAUAUAGUUGAACCGUUUGAAGCAUGGUAUUCAGCAGAACACAAAAUGAGCAGGAUCGACUAUUAUGGAGGUUAGUAAGGGCCCGUUAACCCCAGGGGGUGUGGUAUUGUAUUUAACGACAACAAAAGUUAAAAACGAACAAUGUUAAAAUCGAUGACAAAAUCCUUAAUUUUGCGGACAAGAUGUUUCCAGUGGUGUGUCACACCCCAACACCACGCUCCCCACUUUGGACGCCACUUAUUCCUUUGAGGCACAUAUUUGAGUGGGGGCGAGGGGGGCAUUAGUAGAAAUACUUUUAUUGAAUUGGCCGAACACUAAACAAAGGAACUCCGUAAUAUAAUGAGAACGUCAAGGCCAAUUAAUAUAUCGAAGAAGUACAAAAAUCAUGUGUUUUUCGUUGAGAAAGGGAGGGGUGGCUCAAUACGGAGGGGUACAUUAAUAAAUAAACUUUUCUUUCAUACUUUAUUUCCAACCGAAGGAAUGGACCAAACGUAUCAAAAGGAGUUGCUAGGCGAUCAUGGUUUUGCCUGUAAAGUGGUACCUGAAUAUUCCGAAAGAACACAGAAGACUUAUCGUGGAUGUUUACAUCGGCGAGGAACAAAACGAUUUCCAGUCAAAGCACAAAGUAUUGUCCCUGCAUCUCAUUAUUUCAAGGUAAUAUAAAAGUGGUAGGGAACUCACAGUCACAUGGGGUCCUGAAGGGGUGAAUGGGAACUGGAUUUACCUAUUUUUGGGCUAGGUAAAUGGGAUUUCGUUUACUGGGACUGGGAAUGAAAGACAAAAAAAUGGGAAUAGGAAAACCCAAAUACCAUUAUAAAGACGGUUGUGGUUGGACAUUUUAAUGUGAAGUAACUUUAAGAACAGCUACUGAGCAAUUUGUAGAGAGUUUGUCUUAAAAUGUUUGACUUAUGGCUCAAUGAGGUCGUUUUUCUUCUAUUGUAAGUCAUAUAGCUACCUUUCUUUCGGCAAAACUAGUUCCAAAGAGGGAAAGGAUUUAAAGAGGGUGUAUAUAAGCUUACAUAUGCCUUAGUGAGAUCGAGCAAGCAAGAAAUGGUUGGAAGAGGUUUAUUUUGAUUGUUUAAUCAUUUUUCAGUUGUUUGCCUAAAAAUACUGUUUUCCAUUUCAGGGUAGGUCUAAACUUCCUAAUUCGUUAAGUCUCAGCUACAUGUUAUCUUUCCACUGCAAUUUAUCCCGAGACUCUGAAUGGCCUAUGGCUUCUUUCUUUUUUUAAUUUCAGUAUGGUGGAGACGUAAUGCUACGUGGUCAUAACUCAGCAAAAUGGCAACAUAAAUUCAAGAUCUAUAACAAAGUUAAUACAUAUAUCCUAUACACAACGAAAACGAAGCCUAUUAAACCAUUGAGAUAUGAAAUGAUGGGCUAUGAUACAUUGCUGUCUUCAUACUACGAUCAUUAUGUCCUGGACUACGAAAUGUUCGAGCCUUGGGAUUUUAACUACACUACAUUGCAGAUUCCUACAGGUAGGGCAUAUGGACAGGAGAACAACAUGUGUGUUGUUUUACUCUGGUUUAAGGAAAAGAAUGCAAAUUCCUAUUCAAUUGAAUUUAAAACCCAACGUUUCGAUAUACAUAUACAUAUAUACAUUAUUGAACUAACUCAACGUCGGGUUUUCCAGUGACUUAUUACAUCAAGUGUUAUGCUUACUGAUCACGAGUGAAAACAUCGAUAGCUAAAAUACGAAGAACUUCAUUUUCGGAGUUCUCGUGUUUUGUAUUAAUUAACCCGUCAUUCCUCACAAAUUCAAAAAAAUAAUAUAAUAAUGGAUUUAUAAAACUGCACCCGCCAUUUGCUUCGUACCAGUUGUAGGUUUGUAUUUAAUUCCAUCUGCCUCUUUCCUCGGCGAAAAUUAUAAUUAAAUGAGCUAUUGCAUGUUACAUGCCAUGACUUGGAUAUUAGUUAUAGUCGUGAUCAUUGAGUGUGAACUAGAUAAGUCAGGAGUGUAUAGGCAGUAGCGGUCAGGUGGAGGUAUAAGUCUUGUGUAUAGAUAUAUGAUUUAAAGGUGGAGAAAGUUUCACAGCAGUUGGAAGGAGCAGAUUUGCAUACAUUUUUCCACAGUUUUACAAUCCUAACGAAGUAAGAAAUUUGAAAAGUACUUGUUUUACAAGCUUGCGUUCUUAAAAUGCCAGAGGUCCCCACUUGUGUCCCGCCUACUGUAAUUUCAACAUUCUGUGACGUACUUGCAUGUCUUUCUGUUCUCUGUCUUUAGACUUGGAUUGCUUCGAUUUUUCAUCAAAAAAGUUUUCAAAUGCCGUAGGCGAGCUAAAUCCUAUGUUGGAAUUCAUGCCACACACUAAAAACGGAGCACCCUUCACUCUCUCCCAUAAUCCAAGUAGUGCAAUUCGUUUGCCUCAAGAACAAACAUCAUGGAGCGAUGGUGAACAUAAAAGUUAUUAUCAUCCGUAUUUUAACAGCGAUGAAACGGAUCGUGAACCAAACUACAACUUUGCUGCCCCAAACAAAGACGUCGCCUACUCCCGUCCAAUUUUUUCAAAUGAAGAUAAAAUGACUCAAACAAAUGAUCGUUUUUCAGAAAACUACGUCAAUUCAGACGUACAGACCGCAACUACACCAAGACAUGAAAUAUUUCCAUGGCAAGGUGUCGCAAAACAACCGAGUGUUGCAAACAAUUUUGGAAAUCCAUACGAACCUUCACAACAACGCUUCUCUUACAUUUCCAGCACAAGGGGCAGGCAACAUGGGCGUAAACUAUUUCAAAGAAACAAGAAACAAAAUAGAAAAAAUAAAUUCUCAAAUAACCGAAAAUAUGCAAAGCGCAAAUUUCACAAAAAUCUUGAAAGACAUUUCAAGAAAGCAAAGACUAAAAGCAAACAUGAACUUUCUAAGAAUGCGCCAUAUAGAAGUAGCCACAGAAAACAAUCACGGAUUCAACGGAUUUUCAAUUUUAAAAGCGUACGAAGAAAAAAGACGAAAAGGAAACAAAAACUACGUGAUAAAAAUAGGAAUAAAUUAGGCUGGCAAAAGUCUUUUGGUGUUAACGAGAUCUUACGUCGAAAUUACGAGGAAAUCGUGAAUCUCUUGUUUGAUGCGUUCAAAAUAGGACAUAAGAAAAGUUAUUCGUCACACCAUGAACAUGAAACAAGAAAGGAUAUCUACAGGCACAAUUUAAGGUAAGGAGCAGCAGUCUCUUUCUUUGGUGAACUUCUCUUUCCUCUUCAAUUUUUGCUGCCUGUGGUUCAUUCUGGUGAACCGUGCACCGUGGAGGCCGGGGAUAAGCCCUCCAUCGUCCAACUCGAAAUAGAAUAAAGCGUCAUUACAUUUGUGUACUCUUGAUGUAUCUUCUUUAAUUUAAAGCCGGUUUUCCGCUAGGCGGAAUUUUGCGCGCGGAGCGUAAUUUUUCUUUGUCUUGUGAUGUUUUAGAAAAGUAGAAAAACGCCUAUAGUAGAAAACCGGUUUAAGUAUACCAUGAGUGUUUACAUUGAGUGUUUGCAGGAAUGGCAAAAUGAGCGGUUUUAAACACUGGCUUUUAUUCAGAAUUGGAAUAAUUGGCUACUGGAGACGUUUUGCUCGUUAUCCUCAUUAUGUGUAUAUGAUCACAGUUCCCUCAAAAUUAUUUUAGAAAUCUUUCAAAACUUAUGCAAAAUUCAUGCUGUGAUCACAGAACGUUGAUACAGUAUAUAGUUAGUGGAAAACAGCCCAUAUACUUAAUUAGCAAAAUAUAACAACUAUAGGUAGUGGUAACAUGCAUGCAUAAACAAUCUCAUAAUAAUAAACUCAUGUACCCAUUGUGCUAUUCGCGCUUACGGAGACGAAGACAACGUUAAAUUAGCUUUAACCUUGAAUGAGCUCUAUUUCUACACAUUUUCGAAAAUGCAAUUGUAAAACUGCGUGGAAUUAAGACAAGGUUCUAAAGGUAUCCUGGGAAACGUCUAUUGUAUUCAUUACCUUGAUUGUUUCCCACAGAUUCAUUCAAUCGCGAAAUCGUAUGCACCUGGGUUACAAACUACGAUCAAAUCAUCUCAUGGACAUGACGGACGAAGAAUUACACAAACACAAAGGAUUACUGCAAGAUGAAAAUGAAAGUAUUUCCAACGGUGGGAUUCCGUUUGAACCGUUAUUUGAUUAUUAUCCACCCACAGUUGAUUGGCGCAAUCGAGGUGCCGUGAACCCCGUAAGAAGUCAAGGUAUUUGUGGUUCAUGCUAUGCUUACGCAGUAACUGGAGCAUUGGAAGGAGCAUACUUUUUAAAGGUAUAUAAUUAUCCCUGA